GGGAACUAACUGUCACUGACAUCCCCAGUGACACCAAUACAGUGAUCAGUGCUAAUAAAAAGCACUGGCACUGUACUAAUGACAUUGGACAGGAAGGGGUUAACAUCUGGGGCGAUAAAAAGGUUAACUGUGUGCUGUGUGUGUUUUACAUUAUGUGCUGUGUUGUUUUUUACUAUGCACGCGCCCCCUUGCCGGGAAUUGCUUUGUAUUUCUAUACAAAGCAGUGUGCAGGAGCUGACAGGGGAGAGAUCUGUAUUGUUUACAUACAGGUCUCUCCCCCGUCAG